AUGUCUGAUUCCGAUUCUUCUCCCUCUCCUUCACCGCCACCGCCUCCGCGGACCCUUUCUAUGCUUCUCCCUUUUCUCCUUGGCCUUGCUCGAACCACCACCGGAUCCAACCUCAACCAGAUCGUCGUUCUCGACCAUGCUGCGCGAACGGUUGUCGUUUUCGAAGGACACGUUCUUGACUCUCUUCUUCGUGACUUAUCGGAGAAAUCUGGGCCCUUGCCGGCGUCCAAGGCUUCGAUCGAUGCGAUGCCCAGAGUUGGGGUUACGGAAUUGGGGACAGAUUGUGCGAUUUGCUUGGAUGGAUUUGAAGUCGCCGAGGAAGCCAGGGAGAUGCCGUGUAAACAUAUGUAUCAUUCUGAUUGUAUUGAGAAAUGGUUGAAUGUUCGUGGAACGUGUCCGGUUUGUCGGUUCGUGAUGCCGGUGGAUGAUCGGAGAAAGGACGGUGGUGUUGGUGGUGGUGAUGUUGAAGAAGAUGAAGAUAUGGAAGGUGGAGAAAGUGGAGAAGGACGGGUGGUUGUAGUUAAUUUGUGGGUUAACGAUGGUGAACCGAUGGAUGUUGAGUCGGGAUUGGAACAUGGAUCAGAGGAUUCCGAUUCAGAAUCACAAGAUGAAAUUAUGGUUGAAGUUGAUGGCUCAUCAACACAAGAACAAGAUCCAAGCUUUUCUGGAAAUGUCAUUGUUUGA